GUGUGUGUGCACCAGAGCGAAGGAAGGGAAGCCCAGGGAUGGGGCAAGGCAGGCAGAGCAGGCAGCAACAAGUGGUGGCCUGGGUUUAAGUCCCCUCCAGCAGCAUUGCUGGAUCCCAAGCACAGGCGGGUAGAGCAGGCUGCAGGGGCAGCACUGCCUCCAGGCUCUCCAGCUGAGGAAGAAGAAUAGCAAACUCUGAGACAGCAAGCAAAUGGAGACAGACGCUCCUCACCUCAACUCAGAUAGGAAAGAAUACCCUUUGAAAGACAAGUAAAGAGAGUGAAAGACUUGGUUUCAAGCAAUCCAUUUACAGACCAAAUCCUCGGUGCCCAGGGAUGAGAGCGGUGGAAUUCAGAUUCAAAUGAUCUCCCACCAGGAUUAAAGUUCACCCAGCAACCAUGCAGAGGCGUCAGCUAGGGACACAGUGAUCAGUAUGUUCCUGACACGCCUGUCCUCCCCCUUUGCACAACUCCUGGCUACAAACGUGUUCUUCUCUCUCCUCUUGGGUGUCCCUCUGAGUGUCUCUUGCCCACAACGGUGUCGGUGCACGGACCACUCUGGAGCAAUGGCUGUCCUGUGCAGCUCCAGGCAUCUGGAAGAAAUUCCACAAGAUAUUCCCAAAGAUGCCGUGUACUUGAAGCUUGAUGCUAACAAAAUCACUAAAAUACCCAAUAAUGCUUUCAAGCACCUGAAUCACUUGGAAGAGCUGGACCUGUCCAGAAACGCCAUUGAGAAGAUAGACAUGGCAGCUUUCAAAGGGGUGGCAGAUGGGCUACAGAUGCUGGACCUUUCCAACAACCAUAUCCAGAGCAUUCCCAAGGAGGCCCUGGUCAAACUGAACGCCAAGAUUCGCUUGUCCAACAACCCCUGGCACUGCGAGUGCACUCUGCAGGAGGUGCUGUGGGAAGUGAAACUGGACCCAGAGUCAGUGAACGAGAUUACCUGCCAAACGUCUGUGCGAGAGGAAUACGUCGGGAAGCCGCUGGUCCAGAUCCUGGACUCUGGGGUCAAUUUCUGUAACAUACGCCAGAAGACCACGGACAUCGCCAUGUUCAUCACCAUGUUUGGCUGGUUCACCAUGGUGAUCACCUACGUUGUGUAUUACGUCCGACACAAUCAGGAAGAUGCCAGGAAGCACCUGGAAUACCUGAAAUCACUGCCUAGCACCCAGGUCCCCAAAGAGACCAUCAGCACCAUCCUGUAGCAACAAACACCAGGCCCCUCAUGCAACACUCAGCUCUAGGAUAGAAACCAUGUUGGGGGUGGGGGGCGGGAGAAGCCAUCUGUUUCCUACCUGAUUGCUAAAGCUUUUCUACCAGGUUUGUAUGAGCUGUUUAAUAGAAGGGUGAAAUUGUAUUUUGUAAUAAGCUAAGUUAUGACCAACAGCUUCUAUAAAAAACCUCAGGUCUCUUAUUUACCUGAUAUCACUCACUAUCCCAUUCUACCAGUUGCCAAAUGAGACCCCACAAAGUACAUUCUGGUCUUUGCAGAAAGCAGGAGAGCAAAACCAAAUACCGGUAGUGCUAUGACAUGAAUGUCCCUGCUGUCUCUGGGAGUGGUUUUCCAGAGAACAGCACGUGUGUUCAGAGAUCAAAGGCAUUCAGCAUUGGCAGGAAGCACAGCAAUGCCAAAUACAACAGUCGGAUCAGCUCACAUCCGGCACUUUCACUACGUGACUGGCACAGGGGCCUUCCUCUAUCUCCUAUCCUGCGGUCACUGUCAUGGACUGAGCUGGGAGCAGGAGCAAAGAAACAGGCCCACCACUCCAAGUCCACCAGAAGCAGAGAGCUGCUUCCCUGGAUGUGUCACACAGGGCCGGCACCAUCCGUGUUCAAUUUCUCUUGCUACCAUGGUGUGUGUGCGCCCACGUGAAUGCAUAUCCAGCCAUGAGGACAGGUGACCCUACUUCUACCUGCUGUUGAUGAUUCCUACGCCUUCUUCUGCAGCAGGCGGGUGCCGGUAGAGACAGGAUCCUGGAUGCAACGCACCCUGGAUAGGACAGUCCUGAGGGCAGGUGAGUGCCGCCCUGAGAUCCUGGCCUCAUGGUGGAAGGCAGCACCCUGAUGAUCUGUGAGGCCCAAAGUCACCACCACUGCAGUUCCAACAGUAAAGCACGGAGCACUGAAGCCAGGGCCCAGCCUCACUCCUGCUUCUUGUUCUCCUGGGUGCAGAUACAUCAUCGAUUAAAUAACGGCAUGAAACCACCGUGGGUGCGUGUCAUGGAACCAGGACCCAGCUCCCCUGGCGAGGCUCCUGUACAGGGAAGGGCAUGUGCUCAUGCUCCAUUUCAGGAAUGGAUGACUUACGAGCAAGAAAGCAGGAUGUUAUUGUGCAAUUUAACUCAAGUGCCUCCUCUGCCUGGCUGCUGUACCUCUACCUGGCCCCCAAACACUGUUGAUUUUCUAACCUCCACAUUUUCAAUAAAGUCCUAUCCAAAUACACAA